GCGCAGCAGUCACAAGUCAGAGCAGCUCCUUCCUCUUCCAGCAUCAGGUUGCUCCUUAUAUUGCGCGGAGCUCCUCAGUCCUUCUGAACCCGGCGAGGCGCGCAGAAGACCAGUGCCAUGCGCACAGCUGUAUCCUGAGCGCAACGGAACAGUCCCUCUGGUUUUCGAGCUCGUAUGACUAAAACGAUGGAGACGCCCGAAAAUAUCACCGUCCACCCGAACGGAUCCGAUCCGUUUGCGAGAAACGAGGACGUGGCCAAGCUCGAGAUCAUGGUCCUGAGCGUCACUUUCGUAGUGGCUGUGAUCGGGAACGUGAGUGUGCUGCUGGCGAUGUACAACACCACGAAGAAGAUGUCGCGGAUGCACCUGUUCAUCAAACACCUGAGCCUGGCAGACCUCGUGGUCGCCUUCUUCCAGGUCCUGCCGCAGCUGUGCUGGAAGGUCACGUAUCGCUUCUACGGCCCGGACCUCCUGUGCAGGAUCGUCAAGCAUCUCCAGGUGAUGGGGAUGUUUGCCUCCACUUACAUGAUGGUGAUGAUGACCCUGGACCGUUACAUUGCCAUCUGCCACCCGCUGAAAACUCUCCAGCAGCCCACGCAGCGCUCCUACAUCAUGAUCGUCUCCACGUGGGUGUGCAGCCUCGUGCUCAGUUCUCCGCAGAACUUCAUCUUCUCCCUGAGCGAGGUCCAGAACGGCUCGCGCAUCUACGACUGCUGGGCGCACUUUAUCGAGCCGUGGGGCGCCCGGGCUUACAUCACGUGGAUCACCGUGGGCAUCUUCCUGGUGCCCGUGGUGAUUCUGUUGGCGUGCUACGGCUUCAUCUGCCACAGCAUAUGGAAAAAUAUCAAAUACAAGAAAAAGCAAACGACGGCGGGCGCCGCGCACAAGAUUGGUGUGAUUGGGAAGAAUUCCGUGAACAGCAUCACAACCAUAUCCAGAGCCAAACUCAGGACCGUGAAAAUGACUCUGGUGAUCGUUUUGGCGUACAUUUUGUGCUGGGCGCCGUUUUUCGCCGUGCAGAUGUGGUCUGUGUGGGAUACAAACUCCAUAUUUCACGAUUCUGAGAACGCAGUGGUGACUCUGUCUGCGCUUCUUGCCAGUCUCAACAGCUGUUGUAACCCCUGGAUAUACAUGAUCUUCAGUGGCCACCUCCUCCAGGAUUUUGUGCACUGUUUCUCCUGCAGGCAUAAAACAAAUACUGAUUUUAAGAAGGAGGACUCAGAGAGCAGUUUUAGAAGGACUACGUUUUGGACUAAGAUGACAAAUCGGAGCCCUACGGGUAGUUCAGGCCACUGGAGAGAGCUGGACAAUUCUCCUAAAUCCUCCAUCCAGGCUGAUUAAUGAGAGAGGGAGCAAGGGAACAUUGUUUACUGUGGUGGGAACGGAAAUAUACUAUCUUGGGAGUGGAACCAAUUACUCCUCCAGGCCAAUUAACUGGAUAUGCACGAGGAAAGGGUUCCAAAUAGUCUUUAGUGCCAGGCAAAACAUUCUGUCAGUGCAUGCACUGAAAAAAGAAUCAUCAAACUAACUUACUGAAGUUAGUAAGUUCGAAUCCAGAAUCCAGCCCAGAAUCCAGUUUACAAAGAUAAAAACUUACAUGGCAGUCGGGAAGGUUGUAAAAAUGACUCUUCCAGACUGCACGUCUCUAAGUAACCGAAGCAGUCACCUCCGUUGUCUUGUUUAGUUUUCCAUUUUGGAGAACCAGGCCGAGAGAAUUUCGGUGGAUAUUUUAAAAAUCAAUUGCAGCCCACAAACCCUGCUUCCAUCCAAUAAAAUAAAAUAAAAUAAAACAACAAAAAAAACUGUUGGGUUUUUACAGGGAAGCAGUAAAAGGUUUCAUUGUAUACACUGUAGAAAAAAAUUAUGUUGUUUUUGCAGUGGGGUGGGGGUGGGGGGGAAUAGCUGUGUUUGCCAGAAUCAUUCUGUAAAAAAAUACAGCAAAAAUAUGUAAAUAACUUAACCCUCUCAGGCUCAAAUUAAUUUUUAGUAACAGGGAAAAUCAGAUAUUUAGCUGCUGCAAAUCUGCAGCGCCUGCCUUGAGGGGGUUAAAUAACUUUACAGAAUAUAUUCUGUUUUACAGUAUAAAACAGUUUCAUUAGUAGAAUGAGGUAAAGGGAGCCUUGAACCGGGGAUAUCCUGUUUGGGAAACAAGCGAACUCACUGUUUCAGCCACCAUUCUCUCACAUGGCGUGAAUUAACGAGGCACAUUAGUUAACAAGUGCAAUUAGAGAUUUCUGAUGUCCGCCAAGAGUUGACAAGGACUCAAAAUAAAAGAUAUGUGAUUCAUAUUGUGACCCGGACUUUACCUGGAUCCAGAUUCCACAACACAAUGCAAUAAUUGCAUACUGAUCCAGAAUGGUCCGACUGAUCAAGAUGUUGCAAUCUGAUAUUUAAUUCACAAGCUGAAACAAAACAGUAUCCUCCUGAUGUCGUAUCCGUGAAGUAAUUUUCUCACAAUCCUUAAAAGUCUACCAAGUGAAAUCCUGAUCCAGAAUCUGAAUCUGGAUCCAGAUCACCUCCAAAAUUUAAUGGAGUCUUCCAUGGCUUAACACCAAUGUGUAGUGAAAAUGU